CAACAAUACAAUAAAAAAAUACAUAUUUAUAAAAAUGGCUGUACAAUGGGUUUACGCUACUGGCUCUGCAUGGGUCACUUUGGAUAGAAAUGCUCAGACACAAAUCGAGACAUUAUGGAGUCGUGACGCAUCUAGCUGGAUUGAUAGUAGUUCAUUCCGUGGUCCUGUCUAUGUUGAUACGAGUGAAAUGCUACUCAUGUCUGCUGGACUGUCUUAUGCUAUUGCUCGUAGAAGGGAUUGAAAUCAAACUGACAGAACACUAUGCCUUUCCCCCUCCCCCUUUCCCUGCCUCCCUAUAUGAAAAUUUCUUUUUUUUUUUUUCCUGCACCUGCAUCUCUUUUCCUUUUUUUAUACAUAUGAACCCUUCCCACCACUUUCUACUAUAUGCCCUUCCCCCCCCCCUUAUUUCUUAUGUACCC